AUGGCAAGCGCUCAGAGCUUCUUCGAGAGUGGUCCCAUGUCGGCGAUUUUCGACUCGGACGUGGAAGCUGCAACGAUGGUACCAGGUCAUCCGGCAGCCAACAACUCGACGGGUCUGAAGACUCAGCUAGCCAUCUCGACACUUAUUGGUCUGAGCUCUUUCCUAGGAUUCUGCUUUCUGCGAACUCGGUGGACUGUCAUCUUUGCCCCCCGCACAAAGCUGCGAAGACACACGCCUCCACCACUCUCGUCGACCUUCUUUGGAUGGAUCCCUCAACUGAUACGGAUCCCAGAAUCCGAAGUGUUGGAUUGUGUUGGUCUGGAUGCUGCUAUGAUGUUGCGAUUCUUCACAAUGUCGCUGAAACUGUUUGCGAUAUGCCUCGUGCCUGGGCUUUUAAUCGUCUGGCCCAUCAACAGCUACUCAACAAACGACGGACGACUACCGACAGACCCAGAUGACGGCAUCGACGACGAUGACGACCCCUCCCUUCCUGGCUCAUUGCCGCGGCCAGGCACCUCAUUCAUAUACCUUUUCACCCAGUUUACGUUCACCUGGAUAUUCUCUCUCUUGACCCUCUACUCGAUCUGGCACACAUACGAGGGAUACAUCGCCGUCCGCCGGCGCUACCUGUUGAAGCGCCGCAGAGCCACUGUGAAUAGGACAGUCAUGGUGGUUGGAUUGCCAGCGCAUCUGCAGAGCGACUGGGCACUGGCAACCUUUUAUGAAUCUUUGGGCGUGGGCACGGUCGAGAGUGCCCAUGUCUGCCGCCACGUCACGACGUUACAACGAUUGAUUGAGCAGCGAGCUCAUGCUUUGCGGCACUUGGAGAUAACUUAUACUCGAUACUACGGCAACCCCUCAGGACGAUCGGACUAUGACCCUGAUGCCAUCUUGGCUGAAAACGAUAUGACGGCGGAUGAUCAUCAGGUAGAGAAUGGUCAGGGAACCAACCGGGAUUCUAUUGUAGACGUUGAUGAAGGAUACAGUCUUGUGCGCGCGAGUAGUAUCAAGAAGCGACCGACGAUGCGACUUGGAUUCAUGGGAAUCUUUGGAAGGAAGGUCGACAAGAUUGAUCAUUAUCGGGAGGUGUUUGCGACACUCGACAAGGCUGUACAAAAGAUGCGCAUGUCACGCGUGUAUGCGACCACUAGCAUCGGCUUUGUUACCUUUGAGGAGAUGCACGCUGCACAAAUUCUGGCGCAGACUGUCAAUACGCAGGAGACACUCACAUGCGAGACAUUUAUGGCCCCAGAGCCUCGUGAUGUCUACUGGGACAACCUCAACCUCCCUCCCAGCGAGCUCGGUGUCCGUACGAUCGUCAUCAACGCAAUCGUCUUUAUGCUCAUCUUCUUCUGGGCAGGUCCCGUCAGUGUGUUCUCGUCCUUCCUUAACCUCGACUCUCUCGACCGGAUCUUUCCAGGAAUCUCCAAAAUUGCUGACAUGAGUCCGAUCCUCAAGUCGCUGAUUCAAGGUUUCCUCCCCACAGUCGGUGUCAUCAUUUUCCUUGCCGUCGUGCCCAGGAUCUUGCUCUCGCUCUGUCGUCAACAGGGGAUUCAAUCACACUCGGAGAUUGCCCGGUCGCUCUACAACAAGUACUUUAUGUUCAUCCUGUUCAACGUUGUCCUUGUGUUCACCAUUGUCGGAACUUGGGCUCAGGCUGUUAACAAGGUCUACCACAACGUCGGAGAGUUAGCUCUCCUUCUGGCCCAGUCCUUACCACGCGUCGCUCCCUUCUUCAUCAACUAUACCAUCCUUCGAGGUAUCGGUCUGUUCCCGAUGCAGCUGCUUCAGCUAGCUGAUAUCGUCAACUUAACCAUCCAGAAGAUGUUCUCCAGGACCCCUCGUGACUAUGCCGAAUCCCGCGCCCCACCAGAGCUCCAUUAUGGUGUUGCCUACUCGAACGCGACGUUGGCAUUUGUGGUCAUCUUGAUCUACUCUUGUAUCAAACCCAUGAUCCUCGUCUUUGGUGUCAUCUACUUUGCGGUCGGCUACCUGGUCUUCAAGUAUCAGCUCCUCUAUGUCUAUUUCCACCCCAACGAAUCUGGCGGCCAGAUCUGGCCCAUGGUCUAUAACCGUCUGACAUUGGGUCUGGUCACGUUCCAGUUGACCAUGUUGGGUCUGUUUAUGCUGAAGCAGGCCUACGUUUUUGGCAUCCUGUUGGCCCCCUUGCCAGCAGGUACUGUCUGGUUCUGGUACUGGACUACGAACGCCUACUAUCUGACGGCACGCCAUAUCCCUCUGGAGCUCAUGCGACCUCGCCAGGACGAUGAGGACUUUGAGGAUUACCUUGAAGACGUGCAUGGUCAGGGUCAGGGUCAGGGUCAGGAAGAUCUGGAUGAUUAUCGCAACAACAAUGGAUCUUUGGCGGCGUUAGGAUCUGAGAUCGCGCCUCCUGGCAGUAACGGUCUCGGCCAUAUCGCGGUCGAUAUGACGAACAAGAAGCCAGCACCACCGGCGGCGGGAGUGGCGGCGCCGAAACAGCUGAGUGUCAGUAAUGACGUGGCGGAGAUAAGAACCCAGUCAGGAGGACUAGCAGUCAUUACGCCUGGGGGGUCGAAGCGCAAGAUGCCCAAGAGUGUAGUGGACGAAGAUGAUUACCAGGCGAUGCCGGACCGAUUCACGGAUUACCGACAGCCGCCGAUGACACUGUACCCGGGCGUUUUGAACUCUGGAAUGCGACAUUAUCAACACCCAGCGUUUGCGGGGCCACUCCCGACAUUGUGGUUGCCACUUAAGAAGGGCAGUGCUAGAGGCGGACCUGAUAGCAAGCGGAAAUCUGUAUUGAUUGAUGGGGAGAUUCGGAUAGAGAACAGUGGUAGCCGUGUUGCGGGGAUCCUGGAUGCAAGUCAACCUCGGACGUAUGACGAAGGCGAUAACUUGGCGGGCGGAGGCCAGGAUGAGGAUCUGGAUCUUGUCAGUCCGACGAGUACUGAGGCUAUUGAUAUUCGUGAUCGAACCAUGUCUGUCAGUGCUGCUGGUAAUGGAGUUGGUGGCGGUGGUGGUGCGCUGCCGCAAGUGGCGGAUGCGACAAGGGCGAUUGAGACGUUGAUCACGGACGACGAUAACUCGAGCGAUGUGACUGGAGGUCCUAGUCGUCCCGAGUCUCCGACUAUAGCAGCUGCUAAUGGAGCGACCGAGGAUCUGGAGAGCAACAACAACAGCGCGCCCAAACGCAACCCAGCGGUGGAAGGUAUUAGUGAUGUGUACUAUCACCAUCCGGAGAGGAGACUGUCGUCUGCCAGCACUACGUCGGCAAUGCGAUUGGCAGCUGUUGCGUCGGUCAUGGGGGGAGGUAAUCCGAUUAGUGGACCUCCUAGGUCGUUGGCUGCGCGUGGGUCUCGAGCCAGUCUGCUGGGUAGACAAUCGUUCUCGCAGUCGUCUCCUCCCCCUCCUGUGCUGCAAGGCGGACAGCGUCAGCCAGCUCCUGUCUCUGCGCCGUCUGGUCUUCGACGCUCUUGA